GCCGCCACCGCGUCCAUGACCGCGACCCCCGGGCCGGGGACUCCUGCCGCCGCCGCCGCUGCCGCCGGCCCUCAAUCCUGUCGCCGCUCGCCGCCUGCGCCCGUUGAGAAAGACGGGAGCGACGCCAAUGUGAGCAUGGCUGUGGCCGUGGAAGAAGCUCCGUGGAUGGGCUGGGUCGUCGCGAAAGCCCUGAUGAGAUUUGCCUUCAUGGUCGCCAACAACCUGGUUGCUAUUCCAUCCUACAUCUGCUAUGUAAUCAUACUGCAGCCCCUCCGGGUGCUGGACAGUAAGCGCUUCUGGUAUAUCGAGGGACUCAUGUACAAAUGGCUUUUAGGAAUGGUGGCGUCCUGGGGAUGGUACGCUGGAUACACAGUGAUGGAAUGGGGGGAAGAUAUUAAAGCAAUUUCUAAUGAUGAAGCGGUGAUGUUAGUGAACCACCAGGCAACUGGAGAUGUGUGUACAUUGAUGAUGUGCCUACAAGACAAAGGACCGGUUGUCGCCCAAAUGAUGUGGCUGAUGGAUCAUAUUUUCAAGUACACAAACUUUGGAGUUGUUUCUCUAAUUCAUGGGGACUUCUUUAUAAGGCAGGGAAGAUCCUAUCGUGACCAACAGCUGCUGGUUCUCAAGAAGCACCUAGAACAUAAUUACAGGAGCAGGGAUCGAAAAUGGAUUGUUUUGUUUCCUGAAGGGGGCUUCCUCCGGAAGAGGAGAGAAACAAGCCAGGCAUUUGCCAAGAAGAAUAACUUGCCAUUUCUUACACAUGUCACUUUGCCAAGGUUUGGGGCAACAAGCAUUAUCCUGAAUGCACUUGUAGCACGGCAGGAAAAUGGAAGUCCAGCAGGAGGAGAUGCUAAAGGCCUAGAGUGCAAAUCAAGAGGCCUCCAGUGGAUAAUAGAUGCAACCAUAGCUUAUCCCAAUGCUGAGCCAAUAGAUAUUCAGACCUGGAUCCUUGGAUACAGGAAGCCGACAGUCACUCAUGUUCAUUACAGGAUUUUUCCAAUUAAAGAUGUGCCGUUGGAGACGGAUGACCUCGCCAGGUGGCUGUAUGAGCGGUUUAUUGAGAAGGAGGACCUCUUGUCCCAUUUCUACAGAACAGGAGCCUUUCCUCCUCCCCAGGGCCAGAAGGAAGCUGUUUCCAGGGAGAUGACCCUCAGCAACACGUGGAUAUUCCUCAUUCAGUGCUUCGCAUUUUUGUCAGGCUAUCUGUGGUACCACAUCAUUCAGUAUUUUUACCAUUGCCUAUUUUAGGAAAUGAUUUGGACUUGCCACAUAGGAGGAGUUCAGACUUCAUACAUGUGCUUUAUUUUACAUGUGCAAAUCUAAAUAUACAAAUCAAAAUAUAUAAAAAGCAAAGGAAAUUCAAAUGGAUGGAUUAAUGUUUAUCCCCCUUUGGGAUAUUUUAAAAUCUACUACAAUGAAGAUCAGUAAUACAAUGAAGUGCUAAUGUAUUUUAAGAACUUUUUCAUGUUUUAAGGAGAUACACUCUACCAUAUGUUUAUGCAAGCAUCACACUGGGAGAAGAGGAAAUCAUAAAAUCAUCCUAGAAGACUUCGAAAGAAACUGUUGCCACCAGAUGCCCUUGGUCAUGCCCCUGUUCAGAAGCUGUGCUCCUCUCUAUUAGGGCGGAGCUUCACAGUGUUAAUGUGUCCACCCGUCAUGCCGAGGACUAGCCUUCUCUAACAGGCUGCAGUCCUCAAUCCUGGCUGAGGAGCAGUGUCCACUGUCCACGGAACCACUGUAUCCUGGGAAGGCUAGCUCACCCAGCACCAUGCUAACAUGUGCUAGUGUUCUCCCUCUGUCAGGGAAGAGGAGCACCACUUCCUCUUUGGUAUAGAAGGCACAUCAUCAAGUGAUAAUUGUAGUUUACAAAAUGCACUUUUAUCAGAUGCAAAUAUAACAAAGGGUAGUAACAUAGCUGGAAACAAAAGGAAGCCUCGUCGUGAGCAGGCUCUCAGGAGGCUGUCCUGUCUGCGUGCUUGCCCAUGAUGCACCUCCCCGGCCCCACUCCCCUCCCCCAACUUUAACAUAGUAGCACCAAAUGUAUUUGAGGGCAGUUAAAGCAAAUUAUGCAAACAUUUAAAUGGCCAGUUUAAGGGAAGUAGACUAGCAUAUUAGGAAAUAAAACAUAGAAGCAGACAUUGGCUUGCAGUAUUGACAGGGCCUCCAGGUGCCCCCAAAAUCUGUGCAGACAUCAGUGUGUUCUGUCAUUAUGUCAAGCGGCUGCUCUUCUCAGGGUAGCAGGACCUGGAGACAGCAGCUCAGGACACCUCCCAGUCUCUUCCAGUUGUUUUUGAAGAGGGCAGAGUCAGGCAAGUUUCUGUCAUUGUGUUCUUGUGAUUUACCUCACAGGAGAACCAGACUUUGCAAAAAGUACAGACACUGCAUCGGUAUUGAGACAGAGGGUUUGGUUUAGGAUAAUAAAAUGUUUAAACCUGAAUAAGGCAGCUGGAGUUUCCCGUGGCAUGAACACUGUAGAUUCCCCUAUUGUGACUAACAGCACAAAUAACAAUUCUGAGAAAUAGGCUGUAAAACAAAAGUAAAGACUAAUGUUUUCUGUUUUUCAAAUAAACCAAAAAAAAAUAAAAAGAGGAAAAGAUGCAAAUUGCCCCACUUGUACGGGAAAGGCUGAACAACACCAAAUAAAAGCCCAUAGCACUUCAUCUUCAGCAAACCCAGAGCACAUGUGGAAGGGAAUGACAUGUUAGCUGGCGUACCUCACCUCACCACACCACUGCUGUUACUCUGCAGGAGACCUCUGGUGUGGGAGCAGCUGUUUACAAACAGCUGUUUGCUCUGGUUUACAGUGACAGUGAAUAGGUGGAGAAAGCUGCUUCACCUGGAAAUGAUGGGCAGCCAGAGAGAAGCUGCUCAGUGCUUCUAUCUGAGGCCCAGGAAAGGCUGGGUGAAUCUAAUGGAGGCAUCAGCCGGCCAUCUGGGGGAGAAGUUGUUCACUAGCUAGCAGCCUAUUUAAGCCACAGACUGCAGUGGCCAGCUCCUAGAUGAGUCUGUGCAUCCAUCCAUAUGUGCAGACAGAAUUGUGGCUCUGGCCCCUGCUCCCACUACUGUGCUCCAAAGGACAUGAUCUUUGAAUAUACCGUACAUGGGGAACUCGCUCCCCUAAGAGGCAUCACUUUCAGAUGUAACUUUUGAUAAUAUACCUGAGCUACAAAUAGAUAUGUAUUUGAUCUGUCCUACACAUCUUCAGUUCAUUCAACGUGUCUUCUGUGUGCAAAGCCUGUUUGAGAGUAUUGAUAGUAGUUCCUUACCAGGAACUGGAGUCCACCUGCUUGAGCUAAUUAGGAAAUGUGAAGAACAGGUAUUCUUCCUAACAGUCAGGGGAAACUGCAAUAUGCCACUGUAGAGAACAGAAUAAAUUUCCCAUUUGUACUGUGUGUGAAGAAAGGAAAUUAAUGUCUCAAGAUAGGAGGAAAAGUGAGUAAAGCCACACCAGUUUGUAAAGGCAUCCUUUAGGGUUGCUGCUCUUUGUCCUCAGCUGCAGACAGGCUGGGCAACUCGCUGCUAGAGUCCUUGGACCACAGACAAGACCGAGCAACAGCUCACCUCACCCAGUUUCAGAAAUACAUGUGUGACUGAGCAGCCCAUAAGCAGUGGAAGCAAAGAAAAGCCAGAAUGGGAUGAAGCUUGAAUAGAUGAACUAGUUAGAUGAGAAUUUAGUAAAGUGUGAAGCGAUAGCUGUGGAUUCAGAUCUGUCAUUUAUUAGUGCUUGGUAUUACAGCUCUUAAAUUCCUAUAGCAAAGAACUUGGGAUUGCUGAAUAAGUAGUCAAUUACAGGGUAGUUAAUUCAGUAUUAAGUCAUAGGAAGCCAAAACAAUAAUUUUUUGUAGGAAUUUCAGACAACCAGCAGGAAGAGAAAGCACCAAAGCCAGCAUAACCUGUGGGCUGGACAGGCAUCUCUGAACAAGACAGAGUUGGUGCAGCUGAAAUUGUCCCACCCAUUGUGGCCUCUGAUGUGGUUGUCUGGAUCAGUGUUGGAAAUGCCACUUCAUUCGUGGCCAUGUGUGUGGCUCCCUUCUUAUUAAUUUGUCUUAGUGAUGUGUUUUGACAAUCAGUAAACACCGAAGACUCUUACCAACUUGGUCCCGGUUGCAGUCACAGAAAGUGGUCUUUGACCACAGGAGUCUUCUGUGUCCCGUUCACGUUUGUUUGCUGAACAGGAGGAGUUAACUAAUGUUUUGUGGUUUUUAUCCUUUUCUUUGAAGUCACUGCACAACAGUGAACAGAGUUACCAUUACAGAAAGUGUAUUCAGCUCUGUCCCACAAAGGGUGGAAGAUAAUGGUGUCUUCUAUGGGAUGUUUGCCCUACGAGUGCUGUGAGCCUUCCAGCUGCAGGCAGGAGAGUCAAAGGAGCUCUGAGUUACAGGUGUGCUAGUUCAUGUCGUGAUGGGUAGACACUGUUUGGGACCAAAACCACCUACGUUGGAAAUUUCUGGAUCACAAAGGAGCCUGGCAUACUCUGAAGCAGUCAGUGGUUGGUGCUGUGUGGCAGUCAUUUGUACCAGCCCCAGUAGUUACCAAGUGGGCUCUGAGAAGAAGCUGCAGGUUCCCAACUGUUGGGGAAGAAUGGCAUAGUCACGUAAGGUGCAGUCUUGGGCUAUCUGCAGAAAUGCCAUCUGAGGAAUUUUUACAUUUAAUAUUUUUUUAAAACAGUCUUAAAGAGCAAAAAAAAAAAUGUAUGUAUAUUAUAGUUGCAAAGUAUGCAGAUGCUUUGAAUGACUUUAUUUUUAUUGUGUAAAACUGUUGAACACGACUGUGGUGCACAAAUUCUUUACAUGUAAGGAGUCUAUGCAUUUUACAGUAACAUCUUUUGAUUGGGUAAUGAGACAGUUAUACAUUCAACUGCCAUUGUUUUUAUUAAGUGCGUUCACUUCCUUUGCAGUUAUUAUAAAGUUGUAUUUAUUUUCUACAGAUGCAUUUUUGUUUUCAUAGUGCUGUAAUGUUUACUUCAGCUUGUUGAGCUUUCUUUGUGAUCCGCAUGUCACAGUGUGUUUUAAGAAUGUCUGUAAAGGCUGUGGCAACUGCAAUUUACUUCUGUAAAGGGCUGGUCACAUGUGGAUCUGGUUUCUGAAUGCAUUAGGGAUGAUUUUACCAGAUUACCUUUUCAGAAACUUAGAUAUUGUGAAUACCAAAAGAAGCAUUUUCUCAGCAAAAAUUAAUAGCUGGUUCUAUUUUUUUUAAUGUAGAGAAAAUAAAGUUGAUUCUUUUUUUUCCAAAACAAUGCUUUUAAUUCUUAAUAGUGGGGAUGGGUAUCUGUGCUGUCCUGGAGCUUCACAGUGUGAACCGCUGGCACUCGUGCCUGGAGCUCAGCAUUCAGUGGCUGGUGAGAAAACCAUCUGCUUCCUUCCGGGACUUAAAAGAUUUGCCUUUCCUCAAGUCUUCUCAUUUGUUGCGUGAUGGUAAAUGUUUAGCAGUCCUCUCUCUUGGAGAAAAUUAUGUAUGUAAGUGCACAUACAUAUGUAAUAAAUUUUGCUUAUAAGAGAUAUUUAAUGCAAUUAGCAAAUAAUAAAAUAUAAUUGGUUUUUACAUUAUAAUUGUCAUUGCUGAACCCUCAGAGCCAACCUGUGACUGAAUAUCAACCAUGAUUUGAUUGAUAGCGUGAUGUCCUGAUAUCCUAACCAUCUCCACAUAGACUGUUAAUCAAUCUAGUGUUUGACUUAUUACUAGACUCUUACCCUUGUACAGAGCCUCCUUUUAGCGUCAGCGUUAAUUAGUUUAGAUAAUUCAUUUUUAAUUAUAUUAAAACCCUAAAGUUAAAUGAUAAGAAGCCAGGCGAUGGUGCACACCUUUAAUGCCGGCACUCAGAAAGCAGAGCAGGCAGAUCUCUGAGUUUGAGGCCAGCCUGGUCUACAGCAUGAGUUAGUUCCAGGACAGCCAGGGCUACACAGAGAAACCUUGUCUCAAAAAACCAAAACCAGUAGGAGGCAAGUCAGAAAGUCAGAGCUACCUUCACCACAAUACUGUCGUCUUUCUGUGUUUUGAUUUGACUUCAUUAUUAGCAUUGGAUACAAUUCUCAGAAUUGAUUUACUCAUUGCUCCUUGCAGGUUGUGAAGUGUGGGAAAAGCACGGAUAUGGCCGUGGGGAGUCUGACGGCAGAUAGCCUUUCAGGACGCACGGUGGCCAGCACAUGGCCAGCACGCUUCGCCUCUCGGAGCUGAGUAAAUGCAGGACAAAACAUUGAUGGUUUAAUUACUUGUUUGUAAAAUAUGUUUGACCCCGUUGAGAACUUUUAAUGUAUUAAAAUAUCUCGCACAAUCCUACCAAAUAAGUUAAGUAGUUAGCGUUCAGUCUACCUCUUCUUUUCCUGGCUGGAUUUAGGCUGCUGGUUGGGGGAGGCUGCAGUUUUAUUUCCCCUAUGAAGUACUUUAUGUGGAGAACAGCAGAUUCGGGGCUCUCUGAGAUCUGUUGCUGACCAUCCCUAUACACCCCACAAGGUGGGGGAAAGCCAUUGUUUUUAAUUCCCACUUAAUAUGAAAAUGUUUGUUUUAGGAAAAUGUUUCUUGCUGGUGAAAAAUGUAUUUUUAAAAGGAAAAACCAAAUCCUCUUUUGGUCCGAGGAGUCAGCUGUAUGAGCAGGUGUGACCGUGUCAUAACAUGCUGAUGUCAUAGAAAUCAAUAAAUUUUUACCUCUCAGGA